AAAUCGAUUAAUUUUUCAGUAUAAAUAUAUAUAUAAAAUAAAGUACAAAUAGAAAAGUAGAGUCGAAUUAACGUGUUUUGAAUUGAUAUCUGUUUAAAAUAACCUACAAAUUUUGUUUAAUCAAAAGAUAAAUUUAGUUUAAAAAUUUAAAAUGAAGUGUACGAUCAAUAAAAAACUGGUGCCUAUGAAGGCUCAUUAUUUUCUUUUCAAUGCCGGAUCAGGUCCAGUUACUCCUUAUCUCAGUAUAUAUGCUAGGCAGUUAGGGUUCUCUAGUAUAGUAGUAGGCUUCAUGUACACAAUUCUUCCAAUUUUUGGAAUGGUGGCAAAACCAAUAUUUGGAACGAUAGCUGAUAAGUUUCGAUGCCAGAAAAGAUUAUUUCUUGCAGCACAAAUUUUAACUGCCGUAGCUUUCUUGGUCAUAUUCUAUUCACCAAAAAUUCAUACAACCAGAAUUGUUAAUUUUUCGUGUUACAAUGAUACUAUUGGAUUUUUUUCAAAUUCAAGUAUAAAUAAGUGUACAUUAGAUAAUUUACGAAGACAGAAUACUUCAAAUAUGUGUAAGAUGACUUGUGGUGUAAUUGAUCAAUCACUCUUAUGUAAUAAAUGGAAUAUAAGUGAUCAUUGUGGGCAUGAUCCUCCUACAACAUUAUCGUUUACGGCAUUAACACCAACAUAUAAAAUUCAACUUACAAAUACUUUUCUUUUUUUCGAAAUAGCCAACAUUACAUUAAAUAAUGAAAGAAUAUUAACGCCUUCAUGUUCUAAUGGAUCACCUUUAUCUACCUGUCACAUAAACUGUGAUGAUUAUAAUAUCAAUAGUCUAAUAACAGAAACAUCUAUCGACGAUAGUGACGCUUAUAGAUCGUAUCAGUUUUGGUGUCUUUUAACUUUUAUGAUAAUAGCUUGGAUCGGACAGGCUACUGUAGUUAGCAUAGGAGAUGCUAUAUGCUUUCAAUUAUUAGGAGAUGAGCAUAACAGCUAUGGUUAUCAAAGAUUAUGGGGAUCUUUAGGAUGGGGAUUGAUUGCGGUUGUUACGGGUGCUUUAAUAGACGUUUUAAGUAAAGGUCGAGCUCAAAAAAAUUAUACAUCAGCUUUUUAUACCGCGGCAGCUUUCCUAAUAACCGAUUUUUUAGUUUCGUUGCAAAUAAAGCAUACACAAAAUUCAGUAUCUACCAACUUAUUUCGAGAUGUGGGUGCGUUACUUCUAAAUAUACGAAUAGUGGUAUUCCUUAUUUGGUGUGUAUCCAUAGGUAUGUGUACAGGACUGAUGUGGCAAUUCGAAUUUUGGCUAAUAGAAGAUUUGGCAAAAAUACAAGGAUGUUCUGCCACUGCUCAUGUAAAAACUUUGGAAGGUUUAGUUCAAGCAAUCCAAACCAUAAUAGGGGAGACUCCGUUUUUCUUUCUGUCGGGAAUAAUAAUGAAAAAAAUUACUCACGUCCACACCAUGUCGUUGGUAUUAUUUGCCAUAGGGAUUAGAUUCAUCCUUUAUUCCGUUAUACCGAACCCGUGGUAUUUUUUGCCAGUGGAAGUAUCUCAAGGACUAACUUUUGGGCUGUUUUUCGCGUGUAUGACGUCAUAUGCCAGUAUCAUAGCCCCAGUUGGAUUGGAAGCUACCAUGCAGGGACUGGUAGGAGCUGUUUUUGAAGGAGUAGGCGUAUCGGCGGGAAGUUCUCUUGGAGGAUAUUUCUAUAAAAAAGUUGGAGGACCAUUGACGUUUCGAUAUUUUGGUUUUGCCGCUUUGAUAAUCUGCGUUAUCCAUAUAUUAGUUCAACGCUUACUACAAGAAUUGAACGGCGCAAAAUACUCGACUAGCGAAAAAUCAAAAUCUUUUAACUUCAAUCUUCAACAACUAUGCAUGCACCACCAUCAACAUCUGGGGAAUAAUCGAACAGGGAAUUACUCGAUGUCUAAUGAUCUGGUCUGAUUCAUAAUCAUAUCGGUGAAGAAAUUUGACAAAAUAUUCGUUAUGAUCAGUCACCACCCCAUCAGAUACCACGAGAGUCAUGGCAGUAACUGGAGAUUCUGCAUGGAAACAGCAGAACUUUGCGAAUUUGCACAAUACCGUCAAAUGUUCUUAAUCAUUAGAUUAAAUUCAAUAAACUCCAUAUAGUUUCUUAACCGCUGAACUUCAUUUUUACAUCAAAAUCAUUUAAAAAUUGGAUCGAAACUAAAAAAACUUUUAAUUCCUCCACUCGGGCAUAGAAAACAUCCUUUAACACAAUUUUAAGAAAGGAGAACUGGAUUAUUUGACUUUGAAGGAUCACCAUAUAGUUCCGUAACCAGUAAAGUUCGUUUUUGCAUUAGAAUGAUCCAAAAGUUAGAUACAAACCAUAAAUAAAUUGUAAAUUGUCGACUCGGACAUAAAAAACAUCCCUUAGCCCAAUUUUAACAAAUCAAAAGGCUAUUUUGCAGCAAAUUGAUAAAAAAAAUGGAGAAAAAUGCUUUUAUUAAAAGAAUGGAAAAUUAGACCAUCCUCCUAGUUACCUCUACGUUUAUUAAUGAAAAAAUUUAUACUUGUUUCAGAACUUCCAAAUAAUUAUUCUUGUUCAACAGAUAGAAAUAAAAAGGAAGAAGAAAGAGAAUCGACGUAUCUCUUUUAUCAACAACAAAAUGGACAGAGAUGAAAAAAGACUUUACGAAGAAAAGUCAAAAUUACACUGCCGAUAAACUGAUAUUAAAAUCUUUUGGUUAUAUUCUAAGAUAUUUGUAGUUGAAUCUAUCAUAUACAUAUUUAUACAAAAAUGUUGAAAAUUGUGGGAAAUUUUUAAAAUAAUUAUGAAUUUUUGAAAAAAGGAUACUGAUCUGUACUUCGAAAUUUUUCAUUAGUAUUUUUAACCAAAAAUAUUGUUUUCUAUGUACAUAGUUAGUAGUUGAAUCAAAAAUUGUGAUAUGUACGAAGGGAAUUAGAACAAUCACUAUUGUGAUUAAUAAUAGGUUUCUUUGUUAAAAGCAAUCUUAAUUAUAUAGACCUAAUUUAAUUUAUAAAUUUCUUAGAUUUUUUGAUAUAUUUAUAUUUCUAAAUGCUCUUGAUUUUAGUUCUCUUCUGUUUUAAAAUUAGAUUUUUCGAUAAUUUUUGAAAGAGUUAAGUCGAAACGUCAAGUUUUCAUCAAUUUUUCAAAAAUUAUUUAUAAAAAACUAAUUUUAAAACAGGAGAGACCUAAAAUCAAGAACAUAUAGAAGCAUUAAUUCAAUUUAUAUAUGUUAAUAAAUUGUUAAGUGUA